UACUUGGAACCGCCACAUAUAAUAUUAAGAAAAGGGUCGAUAGCUGGAAUUCAGUACCCUUUGCUUACAGAGCACAUGGCUGAUUUCAUGGCCAAGACACUCUUUUUCACUUCUCUCCUUUUCCGUACAACUUCCGAGCACAAAAGGGAUGUUGCCGAAUAUUGUGGUAAUGUGGAGUUAUGCAGACUCACUGAGCAGGUCAUGUUCUCUGACCCUUAUAAAGUUUCUCAAUAUAAUCGUUGGACUUCCCCUUAUCUCAAUCGUGAUGCUGAGGCUGUUCGGGAAGACAAUCUGCUGAAGCUUGAAGUUGCUGAGCUGAAAUCCAAGUUCUGUGAGAGGGCCCAGGCUCUAAUACAUGGAGAUCUACAUACUGGUUCUGUUAUGGUUACUCGUGAAUCAACACAAGUUAUUGAUCCAGAAUUUGCAUUUUAUGGACCAAUGGGUUUUGAUAUUGGAGCAUUCCUGGGAAAUUUGAUUCUGGCUUACUUUUCUCAAGAUGGACAUGCAGAUCAAGCAAAUGAUCAAAAAGCGUACAAGGAGUGGAUUCUUAAGACAAUUGAAGAUACCUGGAAUCUUUUCCAUCACAAAUUCACUGCUCUUUGGGAUGAGCACAGACAUGGUGCGGGUGAGGCAUAUCUUCCAGCUAUAUAUAACAAUCCUGAGGUUCAGCUGCUUGUACAGAAGAAAUACAUGACAGAUUUGUUUCAUGUUAGUCUUGGGUUUGGUGCUGCCAAAAUGAUAAGUUUAGUCCCUACAAUGUUCUGAAAGAAGGCAUAUACACUUAUUGGGCUCCAGAGGAGUAUCAAUCAAGGUGGAUAUUAUACAUAGAUCUUCAAGAACUAGUAUCCUUUAAUGUUCUGCAACUACAAGAGCCUAUUCAAAUGGGACAAAGAGUGAGUGAGUUUCGCCUCGAGGCAUUGCAACAAGAUGGUGUAUGGAAGAGAGUUACAAAUGGCACCACAAUUGGAUAUCAGAGGCUUUUGUUGUUUCCAAAAGUAAAAUCUCAGCAUUUGAUGCUUGUUAUUGACAAGUCUAGAGCUAAUCCACUGAUCUCAUACUUGGGGAUCUACAUGGAUCCAGUUACCAUUUGGAGCAGCAUAUAUGAUGAUACAAUAUUAACAAGCCAUUUCAAUGCCAUUCAAGUUAUUCAUAUUAUCACACAAGACAACUCUCAUACUCCUACUUCAACAGCUACAAUGUAAACUUGCUCAGUUAUUUUUCUUGUAAUUGUAUGUUACACGGAAAUAGAAGAAAAUUUUUUGCUCAUUUAUGUAUGUGUGAAUUGGUAUCUGUUUUUCUCCCCAUGUAUUUUGUAGAAUCUUGUAGAGGACUCGUCUCUCAAUAAGGAGAGCAGUAAUCUGUGCAAAUUGCUGUGUAAUUUACUUUCAUAGUAUCAAGAACAAAUCUUCCAAGUUC